AGCGAGGAGCCGAGCCCGGACAACGAAGGAGCCCUGCAUACCUCCUUCCACCAGCUCAUCCAGGAGCAGAGCAGCUUGGUAGAGGCGGGUCUGGAGCUGGAGGUGCUGGCGAGGGGCAGAGAUCACCUGGCCUGCCUGGUCUCCCCGGACGCCUGUGCCGCAGCCUGGCCAGAGCUGGAGCAGGAUGAGCAGCACCCCGGGGCCAUCAUCCCCCAGUACUACACCCGCACAGCCCGUCUGCGGCGCCGGAGCAGCCGCCCACCCCUGCAGCAGCUCUGCCGUGCUGCACGGCCCAGCCUGCGGCAGUAUGACCUGGAGACUGACCCUGCCAGGGCCACACUGGAAGACAAGCAGAGCCUGCUGGUGAAGGAGCUGCUGAGCCUCUCACCCAGCCAGCGCAGCCACAUGCUGCUCACCGUGCCUCUCAGCCUGGCAGAGAAACGCACCCUCCGGCAGGAGCUGAGCGGGCAGAGGGGCCCCCUGAGGCAACACGCCCAGCACCGGGCCCCCUCCUCUCCCUGCGGAUGGUCCAAGGACUACAUCGUUCUCGGCUGCCGGGACCUCUGGUACAGGCUUCUCUCCCUGCUCCCUGCCGCGCAGCCCUGGCACUACGCCCUGAAGCAGAUCGGCGGCCGCUUCGGCUCCAGUGUCCUCUCCUACUUCCUCUUCCUCAAGACGCUCCUCAUGUUCAAUAUCUUCUCAUUCCUCAUCCUUCUCACCUUCGUGGUGGCCCUGCAGGCUGCGUAUCCCCCUGCCUUGGCCAGCCCCCGGCCCUUCACCGGCCUCGAGCUCCUCACAGGAGCGGGCUACUUCACUCACUCGCUGCUGUACCACGCCCCCCCCCUCACCGCCCCCCCCGCCUCCAGCCCCAACGGCAGCACAUGCCCCCUCGCAGUCCCCCUGCUCCCAUACAACAUGCCGCUGGCCUACGUGUUCAGCGUUGGGGUCUCCUUCCUCGUCACCUGCGUCCUGCUGGUGUACAGCAUGUCCCACUCCUUCGGGGAGAGCUACCGCGUGGGCAGCUCUGCGGGGGACCUGGCCGUCAAAGUCUUCUGUGCCUGGGACUUCAAGGUGAUCCAGAGGCGCUCAGUGAAGCUGCAGUGUGAGAACAUCCGCACCCAGCUGAAGGAGCUGCUUGCGGAGCAGCGGUCCCGCUCUCGCUCCCUGAGCCUCUGCCAGCACCUGGGGCACACCGUUGUGCUUCUCCUGGCUUGGGCCGUCUCGCUGAGCACGGUGCUGGGCUGUGUGCUGGCUGUGCACUACUUCUCAGAGCACAUGCACACGGUGAGUGCCACCCCUCGCCGUGGGAUCUCCUGCCCUGGUGUUGGGGGGCCGGGGUUGGGCAGCGAGUGGCAGCAGGAAGUCAUCCUGCUGGUCCUGCCCCUCAUGGUGUCUCUUCUCAACGCGCUGAUGCCCCACCUGUACAACUUGCUGGCGAUGUGGGAGAAGCAGGACUCCCCCGUGGCAGAGGUCUACGUGGCGAUCUGCAGGAACCUCCUUCAGAAGAUGGUGGUCCUCGGCCUGCUCUGCUACCAGUGGCUCAGCCGGAGAGUCGUCUGCUCGACAGAAGAGUGCUGGGAGACGUGUGUGGGGCAGGACCUGUAUCGAUUCGUGGUGAUGGACUUCAUAUUCACCCUGCUGGACACGCUCUUCGGGGAGCUGGUCUGGAGGCUGAUCUUAGAGAAGAGGCUGAAGAGGAAGCAGAGGCCUGAGUUUGACAUCGCCCGAAACGUGCUGGAGCUGAUCUACGGGCAGACCCUGGCCUGGCUGGGCAUUCUCUUCGCACCACUCCUGCCGGCCGUGCAGAUGCUGAAGCUGCUGCUGCUGUUCUAUAUCAAGAAGACCAGCCUGAUGCAGAACUGCCAGUCCCCCAGCAAGCCCUGGCAAGCAUCUCGCAUGAGCACUGUCUUCAUCACCCUGCUGUGCUUCCCGUCCUUCCUGGGUGCAGCCAUCUUCCUCUCCUACACCAUCUGGUCGGUGCGGCCGUCAGAAACCUGUGGUCCCUUCCAGGGGCUGGAAACAAUCUACAAGUCAGGGAAGACCUGGGUGCAAGUGCUGGAGAAGUCCAACCCGAACAUCACUUGGUUCGCCUGGGUCCACCAGCACCUGGUGGAGAACACCUUCCUCCUGUUCUUCAUGUCCGGGGUCCUGCUAGCUGUGAUCUACUUCAACAUCCAGGUGGUGAGAGGCCAGCGGAGGAUUAUCCAGCUGCUGAAGGAGCAGAUUGCCAACGAAGGGAAAGAUAAAAUAUUUCUCAUUCAGAAGCUUCACUCCGUUUACGAGCAGAGAGAGAGACGUGCCUGAGUCCCAGUGUCACACUCUCCAGGAAGGAGCGGGACGACAGGACUCUGCUUGCAGCCAGGGACUGGGAUCCAGCCUUCUUCCUGAGCCAUCGCGGUGUGGCGCUGGAAGCAGCGGGGCCGUGGGGUACUGGGGAAGAUCCUCUCCUCCGGGUUGCAGUGGCCAAGGACGCACAGGGGCACUUCGUCUGGCAGCUCCGCGGGGAUGCUAUGGCACAAGGACGUGGGUGGUCCCACUGCCCAGAGCUGCUGCGGACGCGGCAGGCGCAGCAGGACAAGGGCCAGCACUGCCGUCCUGUCCCAGGGCACAGCUCCACACGGGACUGGCUUGCCAGCGGAGCCCUUCUCCGUGGGCGGUUACUGUUAGCAGAGAACAACUCCCCCUCCUGUAAACACCCCAGCCAGCCUGGAGAACAACUUCGGGCUGUUUUCAGAAGCCUUCGGGGACAGUGAAGCUUUCUGGCUGGAGAGAACCUGCAGCCCCCUUUGCACUGCCCAGGAGCAGCAAGGCUGGAGCCGGGAGCUGCCAGGCACCGACCCAGCUCCAGCCCCGUGUCUGGCU